CACCGCAGUUUCAAUCGAGCCGUUCAUUAAAAUGGUGACAAAGUUGCUUCUACUGCUGCCAUUUGUGGCCAUUGUACAAGCUGAAGUGGAUUUUACCGGUGGACGUAUAGCACCUUAUGCACCAACUGGUUGGCAUCCGCAGAUUCCAUUCAACUUACCCAACGAGUAUGUGCCUGCUAUCCGAUCAAGUCAGGGAGUAGAAAUCACAAAGGCACGAGUGGACCAGUUCGAUCCAGUGGAAAAGCCCCAGCCAAAUUAUUUGCCUCCAAAUCAACUGGAUAUACCCGAGGAAGAGAUUUUGCCCACCUCACGACCGUCCAACAAGUACGGUCCGGCAGAUCCGAAAUUUAAAAUCAUUUAUCCUGAUGAUGAGGAGCCAGUUACUGCAAAAAAUAUCGUAGACAAUCAGCAGCCCAAAAUCAGAGAGGGACGUUACUUCGUCAUUUCGCAGGACAAUAAACUACAAAGAGUUUCUUUCAGCUCCCAGCAAAACGCAGAUGCAGAUGCAGAUGAUUUUACGGCUCAGUUGACUUACUCCACUGUGGGGCAACUCAAGGAUCCUGUGUAUCGAUACAACAGACAGGGACAACUGGAGCGGGUCCUGAAGUAGGCAAUUUGGAUAUAGCUAUUUGAAUAUGUAAAAUAGAGUUGUGCAAUGUAUUCAAUUCUCAGAAUGAAUUAUCUUGUUAAUUAU